ACGACCAUGUCAAUGCUCUCUUCUCACUUUCCUUCUCUUGUUCUUCUUCUUCCUCCUCUCCUGCUCCUCACAUCCUUCACAACCCCAACGUCUUCCUCCUCCACCUCCUCCAUCCAGGCUUUCAUCUUUGGCAGUUGCUCUCAGGCUAAGUUUGCGCCGGCCUCUGCCUAUGAGUCCGCCGUCAACUCCCUUCUCACUUCCAUCGUCAACUCCGCCAUGCUUUCCUCCUAAAAUAACAUCACCAUCCUUACGUACUCCUCCUCACAGGACACCCCCAUCUACGGCCUUUUCCAGUGUCGCGGCGACCUUGCCGCUGCCGAUUGCUCCUGCUGUGUUGCCCAUGCCGUCUCCCAGCUUGGCACCAUCUGCCCUGACUCCACAGGCGGUGCCUUGGAGCUCGACGGUUGUUUCGUUAAGUAUGAUGAUUCCGAGUUCUUGGGCGUCGAGGACAAGACUUUGGUCGUUAAGAAAUGUGGACCGUCCACUGCGUUUACUUCGGAUGGGUUGACUCGAAGAGAUGCUGUGCUGUCACAUUUGGAGACAUCCGAUGGGGUGUACAAGGCGUUUAGAACGACUAGCUUGGGGGAUUUGCAGGGUACAGCGCAGUGUGUAGGGGAUUUGAGUGCGACCGAUUGCCAGGAUUGCCUCUCAAAUGCGAUUGGACGGCUAAGAGAAGAGUGUGGGCCCGCUCAGUGGGGUCGGGUAGGCUUGGCCAAGUGCUACGCGUGCUACUCCGAAGGUGGAGAUUACUCGCCUGAUGAAAACGGUAAGCGUAAAAGCAAGAACGGCGAUGGACUUCAAAAGAUGCAGACAAUAAUAGUUGGCGUCGUAGUAGUGGUGGCUCUGCUCACCACUUUCAUUUCAUUAUUGACCAAGCCGAGCCAAAGCAAAAUACCGCAGGUGGUAAAUCCAGAAGAACCUGUGGAUAACAAACCCCCUCCCACAACACUUCCAGUUCCGCCAGCUUAUUGCAUUUGCGAGAUGGCUAAGCAAUUUUAA